CUACAACUCUGCAUAAAUAGAGUGAGUAUCUUGGUUGUUUGUUUGUUUUCUUGUCUAUCGAUUCCUGGCUCUGCAGGCUAGAAAUGGACAGGAAGCAAAUGAUGCUGCGAAUGCGGCUGGAGUCUGCCAUCCGGACAGCAGUGGCAUGCAUCAUAGUUGGCUGCACCACCCUCUAUGGUCCAUCCCACUUCCAGAACCAUGUACCCUUUCCUUCGUUUUCCUACGUGACCGCUAUACUUAUUGUGUCAGAUUCGACUCUAGGGGACACGUUGAGAGGAUCGUGGUCUGCAUUCUGUGCCACGGUUCAAGUGGUGCCAGUUUCCAUUUUGAGCCUGUGGAUUUUUAAACCUGCUAAUUUCUCUCCAGCCACCGCUGCUGUGGCAGUGGUCUUGAUGUCGUUUCUGGUGGGGGUGCCGAGAAGUACAGACUUGUUGUGUAAGAGAAUUGCGUUUGGUCAAGUUGUGAUUGUGUAUGUUGGUGCUGUGGCCUAUGGGGAUGCACCUGGAGCUGUGCUUCGGCCUCUCCAUUUGGCUUCAAGUACUGGACUUGGUGCUUUGGCUUCUGUCAUCGCAACUUUUUUACCAUUUCCCCGGUUAGCCAUCAUCGAGGUUAGGAAGCUGUUUCACUUGUAUACUCAAAAUGCUUCAGCAAGGACAAGUCUCUUUAUCAAGGCCUUUUUGAGCCAAGACAGCGAAUCAGUAACUGAAGCUGUAAUUGAAUCUAAGCCCUAUAGUGAAACUGGGGAUAUGCUUCUUCAGAAUAUCAAACUCAUACAGGAGGGUUUGCCAUGGGAGAGACGCGUCAUGGACUUGAGAUGCCACCUCAGUAAUCCCGGAUAUCAGCUGCAGGGCAUAGAGACGGCAAUUAGAGGGAUGGAGAUGGCCUUAGCUUCCUGCCCUUUACUUCCGGUGAGCAUCAUUGAUCAAGAGCUCAACACAAGCUUGCAAGGAAUGGAUAUAGAACUUGGACUAAAGCUCCUGGAAGCACCGAGCCUUUUGCCUAAAGAAGCCAUCACCGUUAGAGAUACAAAGAGUGUAUAUUUCGACAAAGUUGUCCAGUCCCUGGCAAAAGUCUCUCCUACAGAAGAACAGCUUCCUAUUAUAUUCCUUCUAUUUUGCAUGGGAAUUUUGUUCGAUUCCACUUCAGGAAAUAUUCAGAUACCUAAAACAAAAAACGUUCAGAUAAAUAGUAAUAUAGAAGUUAAAGCUUCACAAGGACAGUCCAAUGAUUAUCGUCAGAGAAUUCUGGGUAUUUUAAACUGGCUCCCAGGUAUUGAAGAACUGUUAUUUGCCUUCAAGUGCUCAAUUUCUUUGGGCCUGGCUGUGCUUUUCGGUAUGGUUUUCAACGAGAAAAAUGCUUACUGGUCUGGACUCACAAUUGCCAUCAGUUUUGCAACAGGAGUGCAGCCAACAUUUACAGUAGCCAAUGCUCGGGCACAGGGCACAGCACUGGGGACUGCCUACGGUGUUGUGGGCUGCUUUCUCUUCCCCAAGUCAAGAGAACUAAAAUUCCUGACGCUUCUCCCUUGGAUAAUAUUUGUCGGCUUUCUUAGACACAGUCGAAUGUAUGGCCAAGCUGGCGGAAUUUCUGCUGUUAUAGGAGCCCUGCUGAUUCUAGGCAGACAGCGCUAUGGGCCUCCACAUGAAUUUGCCAUAACAAGACUCACAGAGGCUUUUGUUGGAUUAUCAUGCUUGAUCUUAGUUGAACUUGUUUUACAACGACAAAGACCAGCAACCCUUGCAAAGUUUCAACUCUCCAGGAGCUUAAGAAUUCUUGAAGAGUGCAUCCAGCACAUUACUUUUCCUCCUCUGGAACUGAAAGAAAAGCAAAGAACUCUGAAAUUACACGUCGAUGAGCUUAAGCAACUCAGAAAAUAUGCUGAAACGGAGCCUAAUUUCUAUUAUAUGCCUUUCCGUGCUGCAUGUUAUGACAAGCUGCUGGGGUCGUUAUCAAAAAUGAUCAUUCUACUGCAAUUGGUCACCAAUAUAUUCGAGACCCUUCCAGAUGUGUUAAAUAGACUUGUCGAUGAACGGGAGGAGAUUGAAGAGCUCAUAAACAUCGAUCUUCAACAUUUUAAGGAAAAUGUGAGCACUUCCUUGAGAUAUUAUGAGAAUAUCACGACAAUCAAGUCACUUGCAUUUGGUGAGAAAGGACGGCAAGAAAAUAAGAUAUUUCAUGACCUUGAGGCAGGGGAUUCGACGAAUAGAAGUGAGCUUAAUUCAGCUAAACGUGGCGAUUUAGCUGAGAAUAUAUUGAGUUCUUAUACUCGGCACUCGGUGCAGUUGGUGGAGAGAGUUUGCAUUAGUGAAUGCGAGGAGGAUUUGAACGGGAAGAUAGUUCUGUACUUGGGCUCCUUGGGGUUCUGCAUGAAGAGCCUUGUGAGCGAAAUAACAGCCACUGAGAAUGGAAUAAAGGAAUUGCUUAGAUGGGAAAAUCCUCUGAGGCGCAAACUGCUUUAGAUCAUAUUAAAUUUACUUCUGGAUGAAAGCAGAGAAUAUAUGAAUAAACAGGAAUGCGAUGCAUGUUAUUAUGUUAAGUAUAU